CUGGGAGUAACUUACUCCUCGUGAGCCACUUAGUCUGCAGACUAGGAGUGAAAACGACGCUCCCUGACCAAUCAGCGACGCUUUCCUCUCGGAAGUUCCGAGCUUCUCCUCCUCGUUCGGCGCAUUUCGCCGCUCGCGAUCCGAGAUUCUGUCCAUCCGUCUCCUACCGUCUUUCCGUCGUUCGUCUUUCAAACCAUCACCAAGGAAUUCACUCCACCAAGGCAAACCCCCCUCCCGCGUCUGCCGCCACUCACCGUGUCCCUUCUCCAAGCUAAACUUUCGUCGUAGAUAUAUUUUUUAGGCUCUUCAAAAGUACCUUUCGUAUCUUCCACUCAACGACACCAAGGCGACGCAACGACUGUAGGCGACGCGAUGGGGAUCUUUCUGGACGAGCCCAAGUUCCCCGUGAUUGAUCGCACGCCGUCGUUCGGUCGCACGGUCGGUAACUUCACGUUCAGCGACUACAAGAAUGUCGCCACCUUCACCGCCGUGUCGCUGCCGUUCGGCUACCUUGCGGGUGGGAGCGCCAACCUGAGGGGCCCCAGCAUGUAUUGUGCCGGCAUUCUGGGAUUAAUGGGGGGUUUUAUGUACGCGUACCAGCAGUCGUCUGGCCGCCUCAUGGGGAUGUUUCCCAACAAGUGGGAGGUGGAGCGGGAGAAGUGGAGCAAUUAAAAGUGGAGCAGCGAGGAUGGUGACCUGGCCGUGCUGAGCUGGAAAUGGGACCAAUUUGGGCCUCAGUGGGGGAUUCAUGUAUGCAGUUGGCAUUCAUGUGCGCUUAUCAGCAGCCCUCUGGUCGGCUCAUGGGCAUGUUCCCACAACUGGUGGGAGGUGAAGUGAGAGAAGUGGAUUGGAGCAAGUAGGCAAGGAGUGAGCCAGUAGAAGAUAGUGGGAGAAGAGCCCAAGGGUCAUGGUAUUUGUAGAAAGUUGUACGGCACAGGCCUUCUUUGGACUGGGUGGGCUGUUCAUCUAAAUGCAUUGUGAGUUCGCGUUUUGAGGGAGGAGGGAUGUUGCGUUUUGGUUACUAUGAUGGUGGAACAAAAGCAUGUAACUGCAAGUGGACCAGUUACGCAGGGUACAUGUCAAUUUAUACAUAUAUUUGUAUGUAGAAGUUAUAGACUAGAUAGGUUUGUGCUCUUAGAGAGUA